UGUAUGAGUUAUUCCGUAAACAACCAACAUGGCGCUGUUCAGAGUAACGUCUCGUUUGGGGAAUUCGUUGAAGUCUGUGUUUGAUGCCACCCCGGUUGCACUUUAUCAUAAGAAUGUGAUCGACCACUAUGAAAAUCCGAGAAAUGUUGGUUCUUUGGAUAAGGCUGACAAGAAGGUUGGAACUGGCCUAGUUGGAGCCCCAGCAUGUGGGGAUGUAAUGAAACUGCAGAUCAAGGUUGAUGAUGAUGGCAAGAUUGUUGAAGCAAAAUUUAAAACUUUCGGAUGUGGAUCAGCAAUAGCUUCAAGCUCUCUUGCUACAGAAUGGGUCAAAGGGAAAACUCUGGAUCAAGCAUUGAAGAUUAAGAACACAGACAUAGCUAAGGAACUGUCUCUUCCACCAGUCAAGCUGCACUGCUCCAUGUUGGCUGAAGAUGCUAUCAAGGCUGCUUUAAAUGACUACAAGGUGAAGAACACACCUGAUGGGGAGAAGGCCGCUGCCACCACCAACUAACCACUACUCCAAUCCAGUUGUUAUGUGUCACAUAUUUAGAGUGCUUGAGAAAAUUUGUUUGGGCUAAAGUGUAAUUUCUUCUUGAUGUCAAAUAUACAUGGACUUUUGCCUUGUGUAUGUGUAGUCUCUGAAAAAGAUUGUAUGAUGACUGUAUAUGCUCGAGAGCCUUUGAAUUUGUGAGCUGUUUUUACUGAGAACUCUCCCUGAACAUUUAUCAAAUUAGAAUCGAUGUUGACGAAAUCUGAAUACUGAAAUCUCAUGUAUAUAGUCUAUUUACUUUUGAACAUGUACAUAUAAUGUGAAACCAAUCAUUCAUGUCUUAGAUUUUAAUGACAUGCUUCGCAUUUUGCUGGAAAUUCGUUUUCAAUCAUGUACUUGUUUAGGAAAACACUCACAAAGAAUGUAUUAUAUGUAAUUAGUUUCUUUGCUACUCUAUGGCAUUAUAAAUUGUAUACAUAUUAAACAGGGAGAAUGCCCUUUUCUAGUACUCGGAUAGACAGUAUUGUUCCUCUGGGUGUCAAGCUAUCUAUCAAGGCCAGAUUUAGGGAAGGAAAAUUGUUGAUGAUCUCUGUACUGUGACCGCACAAAUGAGUCAAUAUGUUACUUGUACAAAGAUAAUUUGCAUGAUACUGACAGCUUCCGCUGCAAAUAGCCUGGAGCCUGCUGACUUGAAUGAAGGAUGUGUGCCUGAAAGAGAGACGUUAUUUUUCAUGAUUUACUUUUUACGUUCUUUGUUUUGCUGGUUCCUUGUCAAGACAAUACUCAGACUUUUGUAAAUUGUGAUUCAGAUUAUUAAUCCUUAAUCAGUGAGUAUUUCAAUUUUAGGAUAUAAGUUGCAAUUUGCAAAUAAAAUAUGUAAAAUAC